AUGAGUGAAAUCGAUGCACAUUUCCUCCGCCGCCUGGGGUCUGUUGUCUCUUCCUCCGCAUCUGCGGCCUCCGCACCUGGAGCCUCCCCACCCGGAGCCUCACCACCAGCGGCCUCGCCCCCUCCCUCGCUCGCUACGGACUCCGUUGCGCCCGCCACGCUCACUACAGCCACCUCCACCACGGCCUCUACCCUUUCCUUCUCUGGUUCGCCACCCCCAGGGAUACCAAGGAUUAGCCGCACGUGGAUUAUCACGGAAAAGCUGUCGGAAAGGGCCGUUCAUCUCACACAGCGCCAUGUCGAUAGGGGGGUUGGGUCUCCUAUGACAGUUGGCAAAUUUCUAUGCUGUCUAGAGGAGGACCCAACCCAGAUAGCGUUUAUGCGAAUUUAUUAUCAGAUUCCCAUUACUGGGACUGAGGACGCUGAUUUGGCUACUCUAGCCCAACAAAUCCGACCUCGUGAAGUGUGUGGUGAACUAGAGGCGUUUAGACUCUUAAUGAGUCAAGGCUGUAGCUCUGUUCCACGUUUCCUUGGAUACUGCGAAAGACAGCAAGGCGGAAAUGAGUUCGUUCCUGGUGGUUAUGCUAAAUACCUCGCAUGGGAGAAAGUACCUGGUGAUCCUCUUACAGAGGAAUAUUUCUGGAGCUUGGAUCCACUUGUACGAAAGGAUAUCCGUGACAAAUUUCGUGCUGCCUUUGAAGAAAUGCUGCGGUGUGGUGUGAGACCACAGGAUUCUCAAAUCUCCAAGAUCAUUUAUGAUCAGUCCACUGGCAACGUUCGCAUUUCGGGGUUUCGAAUGGCAUGGCCAAUCCGUGGUCGAUUAGAAUGGUCAGACAAUCGUUAUAUCUCGUACGCGCUCGCUAACCGACCUAAACGACCUCGCAAGGAGGACUGGCUUUCUGACCCGGAGACCUGGGAGUACUGA